AGGGGUAGGGUGGAGAGGAGGAGGAGAAAAAUGGUUACUGAGGAGUGCCUCCCUGUGCCAAGCCCUGUCCUUAAAUGUUAUCUCACGCAACCUUCCCAACAGCCCUCAGGGGUAAAUGGGUGGUACCCAUUCUGAACGUCAGCACACUCAGAAGGUGAAGUAACUGUUCACAACUAGGUAGUGGCUGAAUGAGCUUGCAUGUUCUUGGGAUUCGCCCUGCCCUUUGCCAGCUCUGUGCUGCGGCAAGUUACUUCCCCUCCUUGAUUUCUUGGUUUCUUGCUACCUCCUGGGGCUUCUGUGAAACAUGCACGUGACAGUGUGUGGCAUAGGAACUGGCUAGCUAUAAGGGUUGUUCUGGAGUUAGAAUUUGCUCCAACGCCUCACAGACCACCGUGGAGCUCACUGACUCCUGGGUCCAUUAGAUUUAAGUUGCGAGUUCUCUCUGGGCACCAGUAAAUGUGGACACGCCAGUUGGGAGAUAAGAAGAUUGCAGCCAAAAGAAGAACCAUGGCUUUGGAAGGUGGAGUCCAGUCUGAGGAGCCUCUGUGGAUGCGGGAAGCAUAAUCGGGCAGCCAUGGAGUGGGACAACGGGACAGGACAGGCCCCGGGCUCACCGCCCACCACCUGUGUCUACCAAGAGAACUUCAAGAGACUGCUACUGCCACCUGUGUACUCAGUGGUGCUGGCGGCCGGCCUGCCACUGAACGCCUGUGUCAUCGCCCAGAUCGGCACAUCCCGCCGGGCCCUGACCCGCACGGCCGUGUACACCCUGAACCUGGCCCUGGCUGACCUGCUCUACGCCUGCUCCCUGCCCCUGCUCAUCUACAACUAUGCCCAAGGUGACCACUGGCCCUUUGGCGACCUCGCCUGCCGCCUGGUCCGCUUCCUGUUUUACGCCAACCUACACGGCAGCAUCCUCUUCCUCACCUGCAUCAGUUUCCAGCGCUACCUGGGCAUCUGCCACCCACUGGCCCCCUGGCACAAGCGUGGGGGCCGCCGUGCCGCCUGGGUAGUGUGUGGGGCCGUGUGGCUGGCUGUGGCGACCCAGUGUCUGCCCACAGCCCUCUUUGCUGCCACAGGCGUCCAGCGUAACCGCACCGUCUGCUACGACCUGAGCCCGCCUGCCCUGGCCUCCCACUAUAUGCCCUACGGCAUGGCCCUCACGGUCAUCGGCUUUCUGCUGCCCUUUGCGGCCCUGCUGGCCUGCUACUGCCGCCUGGCCUACCAUCUGUGCCGCCAGGACGGCCCCGCAGGGCCAGUGGCCCGGGAACGGCGUGGCAAGGCAGCCCGCAUGGCGGUGGUGGUGGCAGCCGCCUUUGCCGUCAGCUUCCUGCCCUUCCACGUCACCAAGACAGCCUACCUGGCGGUGCGCUCUACAUCUGGGGUCCCCUGCCCUGUGCUGGAGGCCUUUGCAGCUGCCUACAAAGUCACACGGCCCUUUGCCAGUGCCAACAGCGUGCUGGAUCCCAUUCUCUUCUACUUCACUCAGAAGAAGUUCCGCCGGAGGCCACAUGAGCUGCUGCAGAAACUCACGGCCAAGUGGCAGCGACGGGGUCCCUGAGCCCACCGGGGACAAGGACACCUGGGGCCGUGGCGCCAGAAGCCCCACCAACCCCAAACUGUGCAGAGAAUUAGAGCUUAGCUCAGCUGGGCAUGGAGUGAGGUCACCCCACAGACUCCAAAAUCUCAAUCAAUGACUAUUUAUUGAGCUCUUUCUCUGGACCGGGCCGUGUGGGCACAGAGAGACAAGCUCGGACCUGGCUCUCCAGAAGGUCCCAGUCAGCCCUGGAGAGGCAGGGAAACCAUGUUAAGCUGCUCACAAAAAUGGCGUGUGACAUGCACUGUAAUUGAGGAGCAUGCCGAAUGUUUUGGAGUCACCAAUAAAGGGAGUGAGGGAAGAUGGGAGGAGGAAGUGAGGGCUUCUGGAAAGGGGCAUUUGAGCUGGAUUUUGAGGGAUGAAUAUGAGCUCUCUGGAGCUCUCUGGAGGUAUGUGAUGUUCCAUUCAUUCAGCAAAACUUUACCUACACCUUGUGCUUGGGCCUGGGUUGAUUCCGGGGCCCCAGGAGAACAAGUCCCAGCUCUGCCCCAUAUAGGCUCCCAACUACUGGAUAUACUGACAUUUGACAAAGUGACGUCAAGACUGUGACAGAGGGAAGCAUGGCUGGCGGGGAGGGGUGAACAGAGGAUACCCGUGAUCCAGUCCAAGGAGUCAGGAAAGAUUUCUCAGGGCGGGGCUGGGGGGCAUCUGAACCAGAUGUUGAAGGCUGAGUGGCAGGUCAGCAAAUGGAAGUGGGGAGCGUGUUCACCCAGCCUGGGAUGGCCCUAAUCUAGACUCUGCGCUGGAGGAGAUGGGUAGAGAGCUGGAGUGGGGGGCAGGCAUAUGGUCUGCUGUGUGUGAAAGUUGAGAAAACAAAAUCUGUCCCAUGGCCACCCUUCAGGCUGUGGGGGCUGAGCAGAGGGAAGAAUCAGGGAGCACUUCUUCAAAGAGUGGAGCUUAAGCCAGGGAGGAAUCCAAAAGACAGAGAGAAGGAGGCUGCUCCUGCUGGAAGGCACUGGGUGCAUAAAACCCAGAGGCAGAGACCUGUUGAAUCUGGCUGCAAAUCAAUAGUGAGUUUCAGUUAAGUCCAAGAGGGGAUGGAGUGGGUGGGACCAGAGCAUUGAAUGCCAGGAAGAGCCCCAGACCCCACCUCUCCUCCACCUAUCUCUUCGCAUGGGCCUCUUUCAGCCUCAGGGUAUCCUGGGUGCCUGAGGAACCCUCCACCAGGCCCUCCCCCCCAAGUGAAGGGAAAUAGCCCUUCAAUAUUGCUUCAUUUUAGAAGGAGAAGUCAACUUGAAGAGACUCAGGGCCAUGCCAGGGCUACCAGGAGGCUGCCACAUGGAGGUGCAGAAGUCCUGUGGCCAGUCUCAAGACAGACUGUUCCAUGGGUUCUGCUCCUGCCCUCUCACCUUCAUCAUUCUGGCCUGUGGGUGCCUGGGAGGCUGCUGGAGGCCAUCUCACAGGGGCAUCUCAAACACAGACCUGAGCCUUCAAAAGCUUUGGCAAGGCAUCUUCACUGAAGGUCUCUGAGAAGACAGCCAAGGGAUUCUGCCACAUAAGGCCUCUUUACCUGCUCUCCCCACCCACCCCUCCUUUCGGCCCCACCCACACAGCUCCUCACCCUCUCUGCUCCUUUUCCUCAUAUCUCCACACACACCCCCACCGGACUCCCCCUCACUUCUCCUCCAUUCCUUAUUCCUUCCUCCCAGGUCCCAGCUUUCCACCUGUAGAACAAUUUCACCUGCCCUUGGCUGCUCAGACCCUGUACCCGAACCAGCCUUGACAAAGAGUCUACCUUCUUAGAGGGUAGAGCCGAGAGAGGGCAGGGCAUAGGGACAGGGCAGGGAGGGGAAGGACUGCAUAGCUUACUCAGCAUUUUUCUUUUAGCCCUGUCUAAUCUCCAAGGCUGUUGGGCAAUGGGGGCAUUCAGAGAAGGGCUCUGUGGGAGUUAAACCCCAUAGUAAUGUUGGAAGUGUGCUUGCAGCUGUCUGAGGAAGUGGGAAAACCGGGCCCAAACCAUCUUGGGAACCCAUCAAAAGUGCCCUUGCUGAAGAGGUUGAUGAUAAUUUGGACAGAAGGGACUUUGAUUCUUUGGGUCACAGGGAAGAGAUGUGAGGAAAUGUCAGAAGGUGUAUAUUCCCAACACAGUGCAAUGUCCUGCCAAGUAGUACAGAUGAUGCUUGCCUUGCAUCUUGUUGAGAGUCUGAGAUGAGACUCUUCAGUUGCCUGUCAUGGGGGAGUAGGGCAGCAGGAGAGCGGAAGGCAGAGGGCCUCUGCCACAGUGCCCAGAGCAUCCCAGAUGACUGUCCUAGCAGACUGCCGAGAAUGGCGACCCUUUCUCUGGUUACUUUUCCAAGAGUGAACAUUGUGGGCCACAGGUAAAUUCCAUUUCCAGCAUCCCUUCGCAAGGCAGAACAGCAUAAAGGGUGGAAACUGCAGACCCAGCUCAACCUGAGCAUGUAUCUUGGCUCUACCACUUACUAGUUAUGUUACUCUGGGCAAGUUAUGUAGCCUCUUUGUACCGUAACUUCCCAAGCUAUAAAAUGGGAAUGAUGAUGCUAUGUGUCUUGCAAAGUGGUUGUGAGGAUUAAUACGUGCAAAGCACCCAGAGUAAUGCCGAAACACAGUAAGCAUGCAAUGAGUGUUGCUAUUGUAAUGACUUUGCCUUUUGUGCACGCAAGUUCCUCCAGUCUCUCUCUCUAGGAAUUUGCCUAGGAAGUUUCUAAACAAGGGGCUCUGAGCAAGGGAUUUCUCCUUCCUUCACCUGGGGAGGCAGCUGGUCUUUUAAGAAAAAAAACUUCACACGCUUUUUUUUUCCCCUUCAGAACAAGGGUCAUAAUCCAUGAGCCCCAUCUAUCUACUCCUACAAGAAGGAAAAACCAUUUAUUAAUGCCAGUACGAGAGACUCCCGAGUGCCAUUUGGGGAGCUUGAAUUUCCCCCCUUCUUCCUCCCUCCUUUUGUCCCCAUCCCCUAAUCUCUCUCCUCACUUUAACCCAGAGCACACCCGGGGAUAGGGGCUUCAGCUGGGGAUGUCUGCUCACUGGGGUAAAGACAGAGGAGACACGGACGAAGGUGUGGAGGUAGAGUGUGGUGAGGGGUGGGGGAGCAUGUGGGUUCAUAGGGGUCCAAGGUGAUGCUCUGGGCUUGAGGAAGAUUUCCUGGGGUGCAGCAGUGCAGCUGGGGCUUGAAGGAUGGCCAUAAUUAGACUGAAGAAGAGAGGGCAAGUUUGUUCUGGUGCAGGGAACAGCACAGCCUAAGGUGUAGAGGCUGUUGGAGGAAAGAUAGCAAGAGAUUAGGCUGGAGAGUUGGCAGGGCCUGAGAGUGAAAGGCUUGGUGCCAGCCCAGGGGAGCACCGGGGAGCCACAACAAUGACAGCAGUGGCCAUUUGUUGGGCUCUGCAGGUCCUGGGCACAUGCAGUGUGCUGUACAUACGUUUUCUCAUUUAAUCCUUACAAUACCUCCAAUUACAGAUGGGGAUACUGAGGCCCAGAUGUGAGAAUUGACCUGUGAAGGUCACACAGUCUUUCUCUAACCCAGAUACUAGAUGCCCCCCUUGCCUUACUCGACCUGCCUCGCUUCCCUUUCCUUUUAUUACGUGUCUUUCAAGUGCCCACCUGCCUCAGCCAGUGCCAGUAACUGGGGAUCCCCCUAGGAAGUUGUAACAGAGCCGGCUAAGUGCCAACUGCAGUAUUAACUCUCCUUUAAUUGGGCACAAGUUCUCCUAGGAUGAAAACUUCAUUUCCCAGCCUUACUUGCAGCUGGGUAUGACCAGGUAUCUUAAUCCUGGGCAGUGGGAUAUAAGCAAAGUGGCCUACAGCAGUUUAACACAGGAAGGGGAUGAAGGUCUUUAAAAGAUAGGUGGGGUCUGUCCUUUGCCUCCCCUCCCUUCUUGCUGCUUACAAUGGGGGCCUCACAGCUGGGGCACCAUCUUGGACCAUGAGAAACAGCUUGGGUUUCUGACCAUUCCGGUUUGGGGCCACCGAAUUUGGACUUUUGCACAAGAGGGAAAUAAAUGUCUAUCUUUUUUAA